CGUUUGUUUUUGGUCGUGGUGAUGCUGCUGUUGCUAUGUUAUGUUUGUUGUCAAUCUGUUGAGAGCUCUAGAAGGCGUGCUGUGUUAUCGUAUAUAAAUUAACGCAUUCUGAAAGCCACAAACAGACGCACGAUGAUUGAAUUCUGUACGACUAGCCCAAAUCUCUCUAAAAGCAGAGAUUCGGUAUUGAACCGGUGCGGAAGGUGUGCUUUGUGACAUUGUAUACUUCCUGCCUGACCCAGUAUAACACGACGAAAUUUUGCGCACCUUGACUUUUAAAACCAGACAACAACAAACUCUAACGGCAGUGGGAAGGUUGAUGAUGGAUUAGAUAUCAAAGCGUAUGAGUCAGUGCGGACGGAUCCUCAAGAAUAAUAAAACGACAUGACUUAAACAAAAAGAUUGUAUAGAAUUGAAUGGCAGCUACGGUCUAUUAGCUUUGUUAAGACAAUCCUCAAGUCAUGACAUCAUCAAUAAAGUCCUCGAUAUUCUGACUCAUACCCAUAAGCGAUCUUGGGAAAGGGACAUUGAUCAGGUCUCCAAGUUCUCACGACUCCAAGGCGUUCCAGCGAAAGCUUUCUGCAACUGCGUCAGGAUUUUUUUUCAUUGUCGACCGUCAUGUUUUUGGUGUUUAUAAACAUUUUGUGCUGCGAUACCAGUUAUCAAGCCAAGCUUUUGGUGAUUCAGCGCAGUUGAUGUUGAACGCUGUGAAAAGGAAUGUGGAGUUGCCUGCACGAGGAGUAUUAUAUCAUAAUUAUUCAGCAAAUUUCUGUUCGACGUUAUCGUUGCACCGUCGUCAUUUCAAACUUUCAUCGUCUGACAAGUAUAAACAAUUGUUCACAUGUGAAACAGUCAGCUGAAAUAUUGGACAGUUUCGUCAACACCUGUAACUCGUUCAAAUAAUUGGAUAAAACUUUGAACUGCACUCAAACUAAAUAUGAUAUUCUCGCCGAAGUGAAAUUUGGUGGUUCAUAUCGCUAAUAUCAUGAACAUUGUGAGCUCGAGUCUUUCUUAUCUCCGUUCUUUUGCUGGUCACACGCACAUAAAAUAAAGAACAAUACUCUGUCAGAUGAGUGAAUAACUUGAAACUUUUCAAGAGUCUUGGAAUAAAUUUAUGUGAAAAGUUGGGCUACGAUAAUUGCGUUUCGUUUACUUGGCUGAAGUGUUAGAAGCCGAUUUUAAUACAUCGCUUAUAUUCAUGAUACAAUAAUUUAUCCGCACUAUCGCUCUCUUCUUCCGAACGACUAUCUAAGAGUUCGUCUUUUAACAAUCCAUGCAAUAUUAGACGAAUAACUGUUCAAUGCCUUGGAUUUUAUUGUGCUUCGCUGUCUUCUCAUACGAAAGCUAAUGAUUCAUCGCUAAUCAAUAAACAUUGGAAUUAUUUGUCAUUUAAUUCUUAGUCGGAAACCUGCCUACUUGGUGUUGGAUUGAAACUGUGCUAUAUAUUGCUUAUGCUUAGUGACUCGACUUUGACUUUCAUUGCUCAUAUAGGCCUUAUUUGCCUAAGUUUGAAUUUAUACCCUUUGCACUGCACCUCCGCAACGAAAAAUCUUCAAGAUGGUAUCUACUUAUCUAAUUCAAGCGUUGAUGCUGUAUGGAGUUUUCUGCGUUACGGCCGCCAAGCGUGAAGAAAUUCAACUAGAACAUGGACAACCUUACAAUCUUACGUUGACGAGCAACUAUCCCGAGGAGGGUCGACCAUCGUCGACAUGGCUCGUCCGAGCACCCGACGAUUGCCGAAUCCUUGUUCGCUUCGUGGAAUUCAUGCUGCAGAACAUCGAUGAUACACUGGUCGUCGGAACGGGUUCCAGUGUUCGGGAAUCUUCGUCAAUCCUCGCCAGAUUUUCAGGAAUGUUUCCAAGUCAGAGCAUCCUCGUCCCCUCGCAGCGUGCGUGGUUGAAAUUAAAUACAUCGUCUGGCAGUGUUCUCCCGCACAGGCUUGAAAUAAUACUGGAAGCUUUACAUCACGAGAGAGAUAUUGCACUUUCGGAUAACCAAACUACCGAAAUUACUUCACCCGAUUAUCCAAACGGAUACCCGAACUAUGCCGACAUUCUCUGGAGAAUCUCGGCACCCGCAGGACAAUCGGUUACGUUCCGGUUCCGGGACAUAGACUUGGAAGACCGAUACGACAAGAUCAUCAUCGGAACCGGAUCGGAUUUCAGCGACCGCGGAACACAUCUGGUCUCCAUAUCAAAUCGGUACAACAAAACCGAUUUGCCGACAGAUCUUAUCAUACCGGGUAACGCGGAAAUUUGGUUGAGGUUUCAUGCCGACAUUUCAAAAACUUUUCGCGGUUUCCUGAUUGAAAUAACUGCAGGCCCGGACCCAUUCGAAGAAUUGACUGUAGAACCAAGCGAACAAGAAAUUGAAGUCGCUUCUCCACUUAAUAUCGCUUCCGAAAACUACCCUAGCCCGUAUCCCCGGAGCCAAAACGUCACUUGGUACCUAAAUCCACCAAUAAACAAACUGAUCCGUGUUGACGUCAUCUCGUGCCAUCUCGAACCGAAGCAUGACUCGGUUAAGAUGGGUACCCGCUUAGGAACUGGCAGCGAUCUCCUCUUUCUCAACGGGUCUUCGACUCCACGUGGGUUUUACGCAGAGUUUCCGGUUAAUCAAUCCGUUGUGAUUCGGUUCGAAUCCGAUUACAGCGUGGCGUACCAAGGUUUUUGGAUCCGUGUCAGUGCAGUGGUUGAGAAAAAGACCAAAAUUACCCCUAUGACGAAGGUGGGAUCGGCCGAGAAAAAACCAGACCUCGCAGGGUCAUCUACAAACAACAAUAGAUCAAAUGGUUUCAUGAUCCCGAUGUUCUCAGCGAUUGGUGUUUUAGUUCUGCUCGCGCUGGUAUCAACGCUCAUUAUAUCUUGCUACUUUGUAAGACGACGCAGAACCAAGCCGAUUGUGGCAGGACACCAAGUACUCUCCCACCUGUAUACCACCCCAGACACCAGAGAUUUCCGCACCCCUGCUCAUCCACGUCAUGGAUCCCAAGACUCUCCCUCACACAGUAUCCCGAUGGUACAGGUCUCCUGCAGCAGCCGCGUCGACGACCCGCACAGCAAGGAGUCCGAUUAUCAAGAGUUCGACAACGACGACGACGACCAUUACGACGCAGUCGGUCAAAACACGUCGACAAGCAGCUCCCAUUCACCCGGCAUCGACCACCAUCACUACUCGGUCGCCGCUGGGGAUCCCGCGCAGCACGACACCAGUGUGUACUGCAAGAUCGAGCAUGACUACGCGACGGCGAUCAACGACACGGAAAACGAAUACGCUAAUUUUCAGGAGGGCGAUAUGACAACCCCCGAGGUCGAUUUGAAACUGUUGGCCAAAAAACCAUUUUAUAUGACGACCAUUGAGAAUACUCAGAAAGCGACAACAAUUGCCUAUCAUAGGUACCUCCCGAUGACUGCGUGCGCGGCUAAGAAACCGACAGACAACGAACGGCGAUUGCCACCAGGCGCUACAACAAAAGAAAACGAUUUCGACGAUAAGAAACACGCGUACGUCAACCUGACCACUAACCUCGUAUCUGAUGAAACGACUGAGUGGAAAGUCCACGGUGUCAAAAAUGACUCUAAUGACGUCUCAAAGAAUGAAACCUUCUACGAGGCAAUGUCCCCCAAGAGUAAUGACGAUCGCGUGAACGAAACGGUGCAUGAACUCGAGAAUGAGAGCGCACAGAGCGGUGAUCGUACCGUGGUCGAUACAUAUACUGUAGGCAAUCAGAGAGAACAUGGGAAACAUCAGGUUAAAAAACCUAAAGUCGCACCAAAGCGAAAGAGAAAUAAAGGCGAUGUGAUUCAAAAGAACUCAUACGCAAACGCAACGUAUGAGAAAUAUUCGAUUUCUUGAACAGAAAGAAACAAUCGCUUGGGAACACUCUAAAAAUGACAUUUUCUCUGUUGAUGCAUAAGAAAUGAUUUGUUUUUAAUUCAGAAAAUGAUGCUUAUAUCCAGUAUUUAUAAGGAGACCGUUGUGUAAGUUGUAAGAAAGUCGGAGGUACAUGUAUUAUAAAAGUUGUUUGUUCAUUUUGUUUUAAAUCGUAUAAAUUUAGGCUGAAACCUGAAAUGCUUUCUUCCUAGCUGUCUUUUAUUUUUUCAUGUAAACAUACUUUCCAUAUUGCACACGAGUAAAUGAAUGUUUUUUUUUAUUGCACGAGAAUAGAUAUGCACACUCUUAGAAUAUGAAUUUAAUAUUUUCAUUCCUACAUCAAAUACGAGUAAGAUUAUAUUAUAUUGUCAUGAAUUUCGUAACUAUCCAAAUUUCUACUAAUUUCGUCAAAUGUUUCCACAUCCAUCAGUAAACACCAUCAUCAUCAUUAAAAAAGUACAAAACAAACAAAUAAACAAACAAGCAAAAUACCAGUAAGACAAACAUUGACCUUGCUUACAAGAGCAUGAUGUCAUUUAUUUUAUAAUUGUUAAUUCUCUUUAGAAGGAAAAUGAACGUUGACCAUGA